CCAAGCGAAGCCCCAUUCCUCUCCUCUCUGAAACUGAAGUGAACAUUUGAAAUUUAGAGCACAGAACCCUAUCCCUCCAGCUCUCCAUCCCCGCAGCCACCGCAGCCCCGCAACCACCGCAGCCACCGCAUCCCCGCAGCCCCGACAACCCCGCAGCCACGCUUCGUUGUCAUAGCCGAACUCGUCUCCACUGGGUAGAGGCAUCGCGUGCGGAAGCUCCGUCGCUGCAGGAGCUGUGUCGCCGUUGUAGGAACCUGCGUCGUCUCUUCUGUUCGAGCUCUAUCUCUUUGUGUUUGCCGGUGUCGUCGUCUCCUCACCGUCACUCCCCUUCCUUCUCGCCGCCGUAGGUGGUGUCCUCUUUGCCCUUGAAGAGGCAGCUUCAUGGUGGAGGAGUGCUCUUUGGUGGAGGACGUUUUUCACCACAGCAGUAGUUGCUAUUGUUUUAAGAGCUGCAAUUCAGCUUUACGCCACCAGGAAAUGCGGCUUAUUCGGAGAAGGUGGUCUGAUAAUGUAUGAUGUUGGUUCUUCCCAAGGUAACAUACAGCGCCGGCGACGUACUAGCAGCAAUACUAUUGGGGGUCAUUGGAGGAGUUCUUGGAAUUAAUAAGUAAUUGAUUAUCUAAGUUAUUUCUUUUGGUCUUAAAAGGCUGCAGCUUGGUACAAUUGAAGCUGCUGAAGUUUAUAUUUCAAUGAUUUGCAAUUAAAGGACUAUCUUUAGCUUGAUAUGUCUCUUAUGGUUUAAGAACUGUGGCAAGAUGGAUUUAAUUUCCAAACAUAUAAGAUCAUGGACGAGACACAAGAAGAUGCAGGCCCGUCAGAGCAAGGGUCCUCUAAUGUUUCAUGGUGGCCUUCUGACUUUGUUGAAAAAUUUGGAUCUGUUUCAUCGGCCUUAAACAAUAAAGAACCCCCUAGACAUUCUGGUAAUGAUAUUUUGUCACCUAGAAAGCAUCAGAAAUUCUCUGGAGCACAGGAAUUCAACAAGAUCCAAUUCCAAAUGAAUUUUAUUCAAUCAUUCUGGUGAGGAUUUAUUAUGCCAUUUUUAUUUGGUUGUAGUUUUACAUUGUUCAAUAGUGGUUCUCAUCCAUGAAUCACGACAUGCAAGCAUGAGUUGCGUGCGCGAGGCUAAAAAACUCCAUGCCCGCAUUGUGAAGACCAAAGGAUCUUGGCACUCAGACAACUCCUCCAUUCUCUCACUCUACACCAACCUUAACCUCUACCAUGAUUCAAUCCUCCUCUUCCGUUCCCUUCGUUCCCCUCCUCCUCUUGCUUGGAGCUCCAUCAUCAAGUGCUACACUUUCCAUGGCUUCUUCCACCAUUCCUUCUCUUCCUUUAGUCAAAUGAGGGCACUUGGCAUUCGCCCUAACCGCCACGUCUUCCCUUCUCUCCUUAAAGCCUGCGCCCUCUUGAAGGACUUCUACCUCGGCCAAUCUCUUCAUGCCUGCAUCCUUCGCCUCGGCUUCGAUUUUGAUUUGUACACAGCCAAUGCCUUAAUGAAUAUGUACUCUAAGUUUCAUGGCUUGGGGGGCUGUGGAGGUAAGGUGCUUGAUGGAUUGUCUGAGAGAGGCAGAGCCAACUGCAGCACCAUGGCUGCUGUCACUAUGAACAUAGAUAAUGUCAGAAAGGUAUUUGAUAGAAUGCCUGUGAGGGAUGUUGUUUCUUGGAGCACUGUCAUUGCCGGAAAUGCUCAAAAUGGCAUGUAUGAGGAAGCAUUGGCCUUGGUCAGGGAGAUGGCUAGAGCCCACUUGAAGCCUGAUGCCUAUACUUUGUCAAGCAUUCUCCCUAUCUUUGCAGAGCAUGCUGAUCUUAUUAAAGGAAAGGAGAUUCAUGGAUAUGCUAUCAGAAAUGGGUUGGAUGCGGAUGUUUUCAUUGGAAGCAGCUUAAUUGACAUGUACGCAAAAUGUACUCGCGUCGAAUACUCGCUUCGUUCCUUCUACCUCUUGCCCAAGAGAGAUGCUAUUUCUUGGAACUCUAUCAUUGCAGGCUCUGUGCAGAAUGGUAAAUUCGAUCAGGGGCUCAUGUUCUUCCGCCAAAUGUUGAAGGACAAAGUCAAACCCAUGCAUGUUUCCUUCUCCAGUGUAAUACCGGCUUGUGCUCACUUGACUGCCCUCAGUUUGGGGAAACAGAUCCAUGGAUAUAUUAUUAGAAUUGGAUUUGAUGAUAAUAAAUUUAUAGCGAGCUCUCUGAUGGAUAUGUAUGCCAAAUGUGGCAACAUCAAGAUGGCUAGAUAUAUUUUUGACAAAAUAGAGGCAAAUGACAUGGUAUCAUGGACCGCCAUCAUUAUGGGAUGCGCUUUGCAUGGCCAUGCUCUUGAUGCAGUUUCCUUCUUUGAGCAGAUGCUAAUGGAUGGAGUAGAGCCCAACUAUGUGGCAUUUAUGGCUGUUCUAACGGCUUGCAGUCAUGCAGGGUUGGUAGAUGAAGCUUGGAAGUAUUUCUACAGUAUGGAACAGGAGUUUGGUAUUACUCCUGGUCUGGAGCACUAUGCUGCUGUUGCCGACUUGCUUGGCAGAGCUGGAAGAUUGGAGGAAGCCUAUGACUUUAUCUGCAAAAUGAGAGUUCAACCAGCCGGAAGUGUGUGGUCGACAUUGUUGGCUGCUUGUAGGGCUCAUAAGAAUGUUGAAUUAGCCGAGAAGGUUCUCGACAAGAUAAUUUUGGUCGAUCCUGAAAACAUAGGUGCUUAUAUUUUGAUGUCAAACAUCUAUUCAUCAGCUCAAAGAUGGAAAGAUGCUUCAAAGUUGAGAACCUACAUGAGGAAAAAGGGCUUGAAGAAGACUCCAGCAUGCAGCUGGAUUGAAGUUGGAAACAAAGUCCAUACUUUUACGGCUGGAGAUAAAUCACAUCCAUAUUACGACAAAAUAAACGAGGCAUUGUAUGUAUUAUUGGAGCAGAUGGAGAAAGAAGGUUAUGUUCUUGACACAAGUGAGGCACUUCAUGAUGUUGAUGAGGAACACAAACGUGACUUGUUACUCACCCACAGUGAGAGGCUUGCCAUAGCAUUUGGCAUCAUUAGCACCCCUGCAGGUACAACUAUCCGCGUAAUAAAGAAUAUUCGGGUUUGUGUGGACUGCCAUACAGCAAUUAAGUUUAUUGCAAAGAUUGUUAACAGGGAAAUCAUUGUCAGGGAUAAUAGCAGAUUUCACCAUUUUAAGAAUGGAUCUUGUUCAUGUGGAGAUUAUUGGUAAUAUUAAUGUAGCAACUAUGGUUGAAUUCCCAGAAUAUAGUGGUUUUUUAUUCUCAAGUUUAUAAUUGAAAAAAGCUAACUUCCAUGACC